AUGAGCUCCGACAGUUCCCCAAAACGACCACAACAAGCACCCAUGCUUCGCAAACGAAGCGGCCGUACUCGGACCAUCCCUGAUUAUCGGGCCCUCAGUGGUUCCGCACCCAAGAAGAGUAACCCCACUCGCUCCCGAGUCGUCUCCGACUCCAGAACUGCCCCAGUGGAAGCGAGGACAGUUCCAGGUCCUUCCACGAAUAUUACCCCAGUAACUCCCCCUGCGAUCUUUGCGAAUAUAUCUCGACUUCAUGAUGCAGCGAAGCGACAUCCAUCCUCCACCCCUGGAGGGAUUCCAGCACUUCGGAGUUUGGGCUAUGGGACGGCCGGGGGCCAUUCAGAAGUUGGCGAAUCAGAUUUCGGUCCUCACGGCCUCGAUGGCUUUAUAGAAAUUCUCCAGUGGCUAGCAGGCAAUGGCUACACGGUGGACGCCAUGCUUGGGGGGAAGGUGGAUAACAUAAUUCGUGCCAUUGACUUCGUUGUUGGAUCAUCUUCACGCUGA